AUGAGGAGGGGAGCGGAGGUAAGGGGAGGGGAAGUGCCGUCGGUCUGUGACAUGAAUGAACCAUGUUCGGUAACGGAGGCUUCGCUCUCCCGGUCUGCUCCUUCCUCCUGCUGCACCUCCCGGUCCCUCAACAGCUGGCCCGUUAAGGACAGAAGUGACGGGAGGGUGGAGCAGCGUAACAUCCAUCUGCAGUCACACAGCCGUGGAAAUCAGAAUGCCAAACAACCAAAUAAGGAGGAGGUGUUUCAGUGGUGGGGGGAGUGGUCCAGUUGGUCGUCCUGUUCCAGGAGCUGUGGAGGAGGCGUAAGGAGUCAGGAGAGACAUUGCCUCAUUCAGAGGCUGUCAACCACUCAAAAUGUUAACAGUUCAUACUGUGUUGGCUCUCCUAAACAGUACCAGCUGUGUCCAAACCAGCCAUGUCCCGGCCCCAGUGUAAGCUUUAAACAGCACCAGUGUUCCCAGUUCAACUCUAAAGCCUUUGGGAGACGGUACUAUCAGUGGAUACCUUUGUAUCCAGCUGAUUAUAUCAGCAUCUCCAAUAAGCCAUGUGACCUGCAGUGCACCACCAUCAGUGGCGAGCGCCAGCUGCUUGUUCCGGCUCAUGACGGCACCUUCUGCCGCGACACCAAAUACCAUGGAGUCUGUAUAGAAGGGAUAUGUCAGCCUGUAGGUUGUGAUGGUGCGCUGUACAGCAGUAAGACAGUAGACAGAUGUGGAGUCUGUGGGGGCAACGGGACGUCAUGCCAGCGCGUAUCUGGAUCAUACAGGAAGGCACUCACACAGUUAGGUUACAUUUUCAUCACCAACAUCCCCUUUGGAGCCACUGACAUUCAGAUCAUAGAGAGACACAAGACUGAGAACAUCCUGGCCUUGUCAGAUGAAGCGGGUCAUUUCUUCUUCAAUGGAAACACUGUGUUUGACAACCCACAAAACUUCCAUGUGGCCGGAACAGUUUUUAAAUACAGACGCCCUAGCAGUGUGUUCUCUGAUGGACUGGAGUACAUCAUCGCUCAAGGGCCGACUCAGCAAAGCCUUCAUGUUAUGUACUACAACCUCAAUGGAAAGCUCCCCCACAUCACAUAUGAGUACACUGUCCCCCUUACAUCUCAUGACAUCACUACUGUAGAUGACAUCACUACAGACCCCGCCCAAUCACAUAUUAACUGCACCUACAAUGAGGUCAGUGAGGAUGUCACAGAGGAUCUCACAAGGUCAGCAAACCACAGCAGAGGCGAAGCAUCAGGCCCUCAUUACAACACUUAUCUGGGAUCUGAGGACCAGUCAGAUGUCCAGCUGCAUGAGGAAGAGGAGGAUGAGGAGGAUGUAGAGUGGGAGAUCAGGACCCCCAGUCCUCCCCCACCACCAGCCAUGUUGGUGUACAGACCAGAUGACAUCACCAGUCAUGUAUUCAGCCACAAUGAUGUGGAGGAGCCUGGGCCUCCUGCACCUGCCAACUACAGGAGUUCCUCUAAUUCAGUUGAUGAACCAUCCACUGCUGAUGACAAUGCACUACUGCUUCCUUUCCCAGGUCAAAGCGUUCACUCUGCUGCUCUGCCAGAUGACGCCCCCUAUCUGCUGCUAGAAAACCUGCAGCUCAACCAGACACACUCCAACACACACUCCCUUACACAAUCCAACACACACUCUGUUUCUGAGUCACACUCACAAUCAGAAAGCACAGAGAAGUUAUCCACAACAGACACAGACACACUUACAGUUAAGGAAACACAAACUGAAGGCAACACACACUCAGACUCACACAGCGCCAUCUCGGUCCAGCUGCAGCAGGUUUCUGCUGUCCAGGCAGCCAACACAGAGAGUAAUGACUUUGAUGUGGGUCUGGAUCCAGACGUUAGUCUGGCAGACAUGUAUCGCUGGAAGGUUUCUGCGUACGCUCCGUGCAGCUCAACAUGUACCACAGGUAUCACCACCAGCUACGCCCUGUGUGUUCGGUAUGAUGGUACUGAAGUCGAUGACAGUUAUUGUGACUCUGUGACCAGACCUGAACCCACACAUGAGUUCUGCACCGGAAAGGAGUGUCCACCAAGGUGGGAAACCAGUGGCUGGAGUGAGUGUUCUCGAACCUGUGGUGAGGGCUUUCAGUAUCGGACUGUGCGCUGCUGGAAAAUGUUGUCACCCGGCUUGGACUCCUCUGUCUACGAUUCACUCUGUCUGUCACAUGACCUGCACAAACCAGCCAAUAGGAAGGUGUGCCUGGGCCAGAGCUGUGGGCCCCAGUGGGAGGUUUCUGAGUGGUCAGAGUGUUCAGCUCGCUGUGGCUCUCGCGGCGUUCGGACUCGGGAGGUUCGCUGUUCCAUGGAAAUGAAAUUAUGCAACAAGUCCUCUCAGCCAAUAGAAAGUCAGCAGUGUGAAGGACCGCCGUGUGACAGACGAUGGACGGUGUCUGACUGGGGACCUUGCUCAGGUGUGUGUGGCGAAGGGAGGAUGGUGCGUGCCGUGAUGUGUCGAUCAUCAGGUGGGAUGGUGAUGUCAGAGGAGCAGUGUGACCAAUCACUGCGUCCGCUGGCCAUCUACCCCUGUGGGGACAGAGACUGCGCCCCCCACUGGGUCGAACAGGAGUGGCAACAGUGUAAUGCUACAUGUGGCCGUGGUGUGCGACAGCGUCAGGUGGUGUGUGCCGGGCUGGAAGGCGGAGUGUUCAAAGAGUUUCCAGACAGCAGCUGUGAUCAAACCAACAAACCGGAGACUGCUUCUUCCUGCUUCCAGAGACCCUGCUCCAAAUGGUUCACCACAUCAUGGUCUCAAUGCAGUAAGACCUGUGGGAGCGGCGUUCAGGUUCGUGAAGUUAAGUGCUACCAGGGGGAGGAGCUGGUAACCAGGGGCCACAGCUGCGACUCUACCCUGAAGCCAGACCCCAGACAGGGCUGUGAAAUCCAGAGCUGUCCAACAGAAGCCCCAGUGGUGGCCCCGGCAGCGUCAGUGGCAGUAGACGACUCAUGUCAGGACAAACCGACGGCCAACUGUGCCCUGGUCCUCAAGGUGAAGCUGUGCUCCCACUGGUACUACAGAAAGGCCUGCUGUCAGUCCUGUAAGGCCCCCAGAGCCUGAGUCCUGAACUGUCACCUCCACCUCAACCACUACGGUCACACUAUUCAUAUUGGUGCUACACAAACGCCUGCUGCUAGCAACGUCAGGCCUCUGACACUGAUGUUCAACUCAUACCUAUGCACCCUUUCACUGGGGUCAAAGGUCAAUCUGUGGUCACUGUCUUUACUCUCUGUCAGUUAAUGUCAUCCCUUUACUCUCGCUUCAUCACAUUUACAGUAAAUUCCAGACAAUGUGAAGAAAAACGAGGAUUAGGAUUAGAAUUAGAACUCACUUCCUGUUCAUGUUUCUUGUUAAUUUGCCUGUUUUAUGCACAUA